CCCUGAGCUCGCAGAGGCGGUCCCCGCGCGUGGACGCCGGGUACCCAGGCUGAGCGCGGAGCAAGAUCGGAGCCCAGGGAGAGCGCCGUACAUUUACUGGCAAGAAGAGGUGGUGUUUUCCCCCAGCCAUGAAUUCCUCAUUUCACCUGCAUUUCUUGGACCUCGGCCUGAACACCACUGAGAGCAACAUUUCAGGACUCAGUGUCAAGAACAAGUCGUCUCCCUGCGAGGACAUGGGCAUUGCAGUGGAGGUGUUCCUGACCCUGGGUCUCAUCAGCCUCUUGGAGAACAUCUUGGUCAUUGGCGCCAUCGUGAAGAACAAGAACUUGCACUCGCCCAUGUACUUCUUCGUGUGCAGCUUAGCGGUGGCCGACAUGCUGGUGAGCAUGUCCAACGCCUGGGAGACCAUCACCAUCUACCUGAUAAAUAACAAGCACCUGGUGAUGGCAGACGCCUUUGUGCGCCACAUUGACAAUGUGUUUGACUCCAUGAUCUGUAUUUCCGUGGUGGCCUCCAUGUGCAGUUUGCUGGCCAUCGCGGUGGACAGGUACGUCACCAUCUUCUACGCGCUGCGCUACCACCACAUCAUGACGGCCAAGCGCUCGGGGGCCAUCAUCGCGUGCAUCUGGACCUGCUGCACGGGCUGCGGCAUCGUCUUCAUCCUUUACUACGAAUCCACGUACGUCAUCGUGUGCCUCAUCUCCAUGUUCUUCACCAUGCUCUUCCUCAUGGUGUCCCUGUACAUACACAUGUUCCUCCUGGCGCGGACCCACGUCAAGCGGAUCGCCGCCGCGCCCGGGUACAGCUCUGUGCGGCCGAGGACCAGCAUGAAGGGCGCCGUCACGCUCACCAUGCUGCUGGGGGUUUUCAUCGUGUGCUGGGCCCCCUUCUUCCUCCAUCUCAUCUUAAUGAUCUCGUGCCCGCAGAACAUCUAUUGCUCCUGCUUCAUGUCCCACUUCAACAYGUACCUGAUCCUCAUCAUGUGUAACUCCGUGAUCGACCCUCUGAUCUAUGCCUUCCGCAGCCAAGAAAUGCGGAAGACCUUUAAAGAGAUCAUUUGUUGCCAUGGCUUCAGAGUGAGCUGUAGGUUCCCUAGCAGGUAUUAAUCCCAACGCCACCCUCUCUCUGGCUCUCAGUUCUCCUCUGGCAGAGCCGGUGAGGUCCACUAGGAACCCGAAGGAUCACUAGGAAUCGGAACUGCGUUCCCCUUAUCUCUUCUCCAGUUCAGAUGUGUCCGCCUUUUCUCCUGUGGUCACUGUCAUGUCAAAUGUGUGCAUGUUGCUUCUCCAUUUUGUAAGUGGACUGUGACAAUUUUUCACUGUCCCUUUUCAUCUUGCUAUUUCUCAAGUCCAACCUCCCUCUGUGUGGACUUAGGGAAUGCACAACACACAGAGUGCAUGUAAGUCUAAGCCUGCUAUUGGAAGAAAAAGCAUGACCAUCUAGGGGCUGGGGCUGAGGCUCAGCAGUAGA